GUUCAGAUGAGAGCAUAGCUGAUCGAAAGCUGGCAAACAUGAUGGCGGGCGCCUUCGUUUUGCAAGCAGCUCCUUCACAGGGCUGCGCUGGGUUGGCAUGUUCUGCCAACCCAGUGGUGAAAGUCUGCCGGUCUGACUGCUGCGAUGCUGUCUCCAAGUUCUGUGGUAUGCAAUACAAGACCUCUCUGACCGCUGCUUGCUUUGUCAUGGCUUUCAGGAGAUCUCGCCAGGUCAUCUGCCAAAGCAAAGGAUUUGGAGGUGCGUCGCGAGACAGGAAAACGACCACCACCAAACCUGUAAAAGAGGUCUUUGCCACUUCUGAGAUUGAGGUUGCAAAGUUCAAGCAAGAGGUUUUGAGCUACAUUGAUCAGUGGUGCGACGAGUUGAUCGCGGGCCUUCGUGAUCAUGGCUGGUGGGCCUCUAAUGGGCCAAGUCUCCCUCCUAGCCUUUGCCGUGCUUUGCGCAAAGAAGUAGAAGACUUGUGGCAUCAAGGGCACUUCAUCAAGUCUCAAUCUGUUCUUGGUGGCACCGUGUACUACGACAAGAAGAACGUUUACGCAACAGAGGUCACCAGGGACAGAUAUCUUUUGUGUCCACGCAUGUGGCACUACACUGUGGUCUUGACACAAGAGCUUACCCGUCGAGUAAACCUGGCUUUUCCAAAGAUGGACUUGUCUGACAAGUUCAUUGGGAACAAGUUGAACAUGAGCGUCGGAAAUGGUGCAUCCUUUGAUGCCCACCUUGAUGUUGGAGUGGCAGAAAAGCCAUUCAAUCGGAAACUGUCGCUGCUAGUGUAUCUCAACGAUUCCUGGAGGCCUUCCUUGGGAGGAGAGAUUACUCUUCUUGGAGAAGGAGAGACGGAGUUGGAAGCAGCCAAUGCAGAGCCAGCACGCUUGGGGCUUCCUGUGACCAUAUCUCCAAUCAGCGGCAGAUUGGUAGCCUUUUGGUCCGAUCGCAUCUUGCACAAGGUUCAGGCAUCGGAAGUGUUGGAUGGCAUUGAAGACUAUAGAGUAUCAUACGUUAUUUGGUUGCUUGGUCAAGAUGACUCACCUGGUGCUGUCAAGGAGGAGACCAAGGCAGAGUCUGUGCCAUCAUGGGCGUGCUGAGGGUUCACUUCAUAGCCAGAAUGCACAUUGUGCAUUGUUAAUCUUCGACAAAGCAUCGAAGUGGUCCGCAUUCCGAAACAGAGCGAUCAGGACAAUCUUUCUGCACGCUCUGCUUUCUAGAUCAAAAUGCUGUUGUGUGUGAGAGGGUCAGAAUCUUUUGUUUUCUUGGUGUUCAAGCUUUCAACAUAGAGACACCUUUGGGAAGGCAGUCCAUGAAAUCAC